AGUAAUUAAGCAGAGCUCAAUGAGUUUCUCAUGGACUUGAUUCUUUUUAACACAGUAUGAAGGAGAAGUACUCAAAUGCAUAAUAUUAUGGUCCAUUUAAGCUUAAACUUUUGGACAUGCAUGGCGUAACAUGCAAGUAAGGCAAGAGAGAGAAAAUAUGGGGGAUUGAGGGAAUAGCCCGAAGCGAUUGCCUCACUAAUUAAGCAGAGAUUGCUGUAUUUUUGAUGAGCUUAGUUCUUCUUAUUUACUAUGGUAUUAAGGAGAAACUUGAUUUCAUCAACGAGUAGUACUGGAGGACUUGCAUUAUACCUUUCUCUAUUCUUUUGAGGGAAGCACUCCAGUUGAUAUUGUUUCAGUUGUCUUUUUUUAUUUGGAAUUUGAUUGGAGUCUUACGUACCAGUUCAGCUCACUUCUGCCCUUCAAAGAAAAAGAGCAUCUUGCCGCUUGAAACUGAUUGUUUUUGUUGGUAAUGACAAAGGUCGACAAUCAUAAAAUAAAGACUACAUGACAAAUAAUACACCAUAUAUAUUAAAGGAUUACAAUGGGGACUGAUGACUCCAAAACUUCUGCAUCUUUUGUUUUGGCCAUUAUGAUAGGCGACAGGACGAGUUAUAAUUUUCUCCUUUUCUGUAGUCUAGCUAAUAAAGUUUUUUACUUGGGACAAACUUUGAUUAUCUCGUUUGUCAGAUUGGUUUGUAAGGUUGUAUACUUCAAUACUUGUAUAUUCGUCACUCCACGUACGUAAUGACGAGACAAAGAUAAUAAAGACUUAAGCUGCAUACUAUAGACUAAAACUUCGAGUGAAUGCACUGCGGAUGCUGAGAUGACUAACAUGGAAGGACUGUUAUUACCAAGAGGCAAAGAUCAACUAGAUCAAAGAAAAGGGUCAUGGCGGUCGUUCUUCCAAGAAGUGAAGAGGUUGAGUUGCAUAGCAGGACCUAUGGUUGCCGUGAAUCUAUCCCAGUUCUUGUUGCAGAUCGUUUCGAUGAUGAUGGUUGGUCACCUCGGUGACCUAGCUCUCUCUAGCACCGCCAUAGCCAUCUCGCUAGCUAACGUCACUGGCUUUAGUCUUUUUUCAGGACUGGCUAGUGCGCUGGAAACUUUAUGUGGACAAGCUUAUGGAGCUGAACAAUAUCAGAAACAUGGACUUCAAACUUACACUGCUAUAUUUUCUCUGAACCUAGUCUGUCUUCUUAUAUCUUUCAUAUGGUUUUAUACGGAGGACUUGCUGAUUUUCAUGGGUCAAGAUCCUUCAAUUUCUCGUCAAGCUGGCAAAUUCAUAGUAUUGCUUAUUCCGGCUCUAUUUGCUUGUGCAACUCUUCAACCACUCAUUAGAUACUUUCAGACACAAAGUUUGAUACUUCCAAUGCUUCUGAGCUCUUGUGUGACACUUAUGUUCCAUAUUCCUCUCUGUUGGGUCCUAGUGUUCAAUUCUGGACUGGAUAACCUUGGAGGAGCAUUAGCGAUGAGCAUUUCCUACUGGUUGUAUGCGAUUCUAUUGGGAUUAUACAUGAAGUUUUCUUCUGCAUGUUCAAAAACCAGAGCUCCAAUUUCUAAGGAGGUGUUCCAAGGAAUUGGAGAGUUCUUUCGCUUUGCCAUCCCUUCUGCAGUAAUGUUAUGUCUUGAGUGGUGGUCAUUUGAGCUGCUUAUCUUGCUGUCUGGACUUUUACCAAAUCCUACUCUUGAAACUUCAGUGUUGUCUGUAUGUUUUGUGGGCAGUCUCCAGACAAUUUCGACACUCUAUUCAAUACCGAAUGGCAUUGGUGCGGCAGCAAGUACUAGAGUUUCAAAUGAACUGGGAGCUGGUAACCCGGAAGGUGCUCGUAUAGCUACUUGCGCUGCCAUGUUUCUUACAGUCGCAGAGACGAGUACAGUAGCCAUAACCCUCUUUUGCUGCCGCCAAGUAUUUGGUUACCUAUUUACCAAUGAGGAAGAAGUAAUUGAUUAUGUCAGAAUUAUGGCUCCUCUACUUUGCCUAUCUGUUAUACUAGACAGCUUGCAAGGGGUCCUUUCAGGUAUAUCUAGAGGAUGUGGGUGGCAGCAUAUAGGGGCUUACAUAAAUCUUGGGGCAUAUUAUUUAUGUGGGAUUCCAGUUGCUGCUACAUUGGCUUUCUUGGUACUACUAAGAGGAAGGGGGCUUUGGAUAGGAAUACAAGUCGGUGCUUUUGUGCAAACCACCCUGCUAGCUUUUGUGACAUGUUGUACAAACUGGGAAAUGCAGGCAAGUAAGGCAAGGGAGCGAAUAUUUGAGGGAAGCUCUCCAGUUGAUAAUGGAUUGUGCCACUAAGCAGAGUUCAAUGAGUUUCUCAUGGGUUUAAUGCUUUUUAAUGUGGUAUGAAGGAGCUAGAAGUACUCAAAUGCAACAUAACAUGGCACAUUUGAGUCUAAACCUUUGACAUGACGUAUCAUGCAAGUAACGCAAUGGAGAGUACGUAUGAGGGAAGCUCUCUUGAAGCUAAUGGAUUGUCGCAGAGAUUUAUGUAUAUUUGAUGUGUUCAGUUCUCUUUAUUUAUUAUGAGAUGAAGGAGAAACUUGCUUUUAUUGAUGAGUAGUCCUGGAGGACUUGCCUUAUGCCUUGAUCUAUUCUUUCUUUGGCAAUAAAAAGAUUUUCCUUUCUGUAGUGCCCAAAGUUUUUCGUCAAGAUCAGCUGCUGCUUUUUCUUCAGUUAACUGGUCCUGGAUCAGUAGAUCGAAGCUAAUAAGGCAGCUGAUCUUGUUGCUGCUUGGGCUUCACGGCAGGAGUGCCCUUCAGAUUGGUAUCUGAACCCGCCUCCUUCCCUCUUUCACAUUCUGGUUUGUGAUGCUGUAUCUGCUCCACACUGAGGGCUCUGUUCUGUUAAACAGCGACAAGCGUGGCCCGUGGCCCACCAUUGUACCGAUACUGU